AUGGUAAAAAGAAUUCGGGCCCCGACGGCACCGCCCACCACCGAGCCCUACGAGGGAAGGCAGCCACCGGCUCUGGACACUCCCAGCCUCGGUAUUGGGGGCAACGAGAAGGCGGACAGUGAAGCCAAAUCGGCUACUUCUACAGCAAACAUUAUAUCAACUGUCCGGAAAUUACGUUCGGGAGAUUUGCUCAUUGAGGUUCUCACUCAAAAACAAGCUCACCAGAUUAUGAAAAUAACAAACAUUGUAUCCUUUCCAGUGACCGUCAGUGCACAUUCGACUUUAAACUUUUCCAAAGGAGUAAUAUCUUGCGGAGAACUUUUUCAUACUCCAGUUGCUCAAAUAACCAAGGAUUUGGAAAGUCAAGGGGUUACUCAUGUCCGUCGUAUAACAAUACGAAAAGAUGGACAACUCCUUGAAACCAAGCUUUUGAUACUAACAUUUCAUUCGUCUAAAAUACCUGAAUACAUUAAAGCUGGUUACAUGAAAUUGGCAGUCCGGCCUUAUAUCCCGAAUCCCUUGAGAUGUUUCAAGUGCCAGAGUUUUGAUCACUCCAAAGCUUCUUGCCGCGGAUCUCUAACUUGCGCCCGCUGUGCAGAAACAGGCCAUGAAAACUCUGACUGUAACGCACCGGAAAAAUGCUUUAAUUGCAAAGGUUCGCACACGUCCUUUUCUCGCUCCUGUCCAUCGUGGAUAUUGGAAAAAGAAGUGAUUGCUGAAAAGGUGAAGAAAGGCAUUUCAUAUCCAGAAGCAAAGCGAAUGGUGAAAGCUCGUAGACCUUUUGAUGGGUCCAGCUAUUCUAAUGCUGCCAAGAAAACACUGGAAACAAGAGGCACUCAGAUAUUGCCUAUAAUCAUGCAUGUUGAUAAUAAUCCGUUUCAACCAUCUUAUGCACCCUCUGAAAUUUGUCCCAAAUCUGAAUUAUUUAUAAAAGACUUUUCACCCAGUAUUCCUAUGGAAGACACUACUCAAGAUAUCCCACAGUGUAAAGUUGCUGACACUUCACAAAACUUAGCUAGUUUCAAAACCGUUAUUAACAGGAAAAAAUAUAAGAAAAACUCCAAGCCUAAAGAUAAUAAAACCAUGACCAUAAAUAUGUCCAAUCGUAACACCGACAGUGAUAUAGAAUCAGAUAAUGCAAUUGAAUAUAACCCUAAUGAAACAAUUGAUGAAACUCCACCUGCUCCAGAAUCUUCUAUCGUUUCCACCACAGUUGAUAAAACUGUGUUUAAACAAAGUCCCCAAGACUGUCAAGUUAAAUGGGUUGAUCUUAAAAAUUUCCACUACAACUACAAACACAAGUUGUUUGUAGAUUUUACAGGUUGA